AUGGAGGUGGCCACCGCGCGUCUUCUCACCCCCGCCGCCGCCACGAACACCAACAAGGGCACGCAGGUGUCGUGCGAGUGCGAGAACAAGGACGGCUGCCCCUCGCAGAAGAACGUCCCGAAGAAGGGCGGUGCCAUCCCGCCAUGCAUCGAGAACGGCAAGAAGACGCACGAGCAGGUGUCGUGCGAAUGCACGAAUUCGAACGGGUGCCCCUCGCAGAAGACGUUCACCUCCAGCCCGGCCCUCGCCUCCGUCCCGCCCUGCAAGGAGAAUCGUGUCUCCGGCCCCGCUCCCUACAAGCAGGUCACCUGCGAGUGCGCUUACAAGAGCGGCUGCAAGUCGCAGCAGGUGAUCGUCUCCAGCUACGUGCUCGACGUCGUGCCGCCCUGCAGUGAGAAUACUGAUGGCCCGGUCCGUUCGUCGAAGAUGGCUCUCUCGGGCGGCUCUCCAAACCUGGCAGCGUUCCUCCGUUACUACACGUGCGCAUGCCGAGUUCCCACGGGUUGUCCCUCGCAGAAAGAACUCGGGCAGCCAUUGCUGCCCAUUCCCCCAUGUGUCGAGAAUCGCCCGCACUUUGAGAAGGUGAUGCAAGAGUUGAAGGAGGCAAUCGACGCCGUGCUGAACCCCUCGCUGGGAGCGCGUCGCGUCCCCGCGCCGUUGGCCGAGAGGCUGUUCGGGCUCAGCCAGGGUGCCCGCCCGUGGAUGAACCUCGGCGAGCACGCUCGUGAAAAGUUUUUCGCCGCAAAGGCCGAGGAGGCGCUCGGCGAUUUGUCGUACGAGGAGCUGAUCCAGGAGUUUUACCAGCGCAAACUCGCCCUGUGGAACAAACUGAAGGAGGCGUUCGAGCUGUUGGGCGGCGAGGAGGGCAAACAAGAAUUGUUGCUGCAGCAGCUUGCAGCCAACCAGGUCCUUCAAGCCAAGAUGGGGCACAAGUUGUCGAGCAUCGUGCGCGAGGGCAGGGUGCAGUCGAUGGAUGACGCCUUCUUCGCCGCCGACGAGAUCGUGAGCUCGGUCGUCGGGCAGCUCGCG